CAUUUACCCAGUGAAAUAUCUUAUCCUAAAGAGGUUAGAGCAGAAUACUUCUUCAGCGCUCCAAGGGAUUUUGCUCAGGCCAAAGAUGGAGUUCUGCAUUUCAGCAAUAGCACCAGCUCUGCCCCGAUUCAACCUCUCUGUAGUCUCUUCUUCCCCUUCUUCUCCUUCACUUUUCAAGAAUGAUUUUCUUCAAUCCGAUAGCAGACUAUUGUUCAAUCCUCUCAAGAAAUUGCCAGUUCCAUCUUCCCGCCAAUUGUCUUUCCUACAAAACCCGCCCCACAAAUUAAGUUCGACUUGGUUUAUGGUAUCAGCAGCGCCCUCCGCUGUCGAUAGCACUGUAACUGACAAACUCCCGGCUGAUAUUCAAGUCACUGAAACCCCAGAACCCAAUUCUAGAGUAAGGUUGAGCGUUGAAGUUCCUGCUGAAGUAUGCGACGAUUGUUACCGAAGAGUCAUCAAAGAGUUUAUGAAGCGCGCAAAGGUCCCUGGGUUUCGUGCAGGGAAGAAUGUUCCAGAAAGCAUUCUCAUAGGUUACGUUGGGAAGGAAACCGUUCAGAAGGCGACAAUUGAAUCUAUUCUGAAGAGAACUCUUCCACAUGCCAUGUCUUCGGUGAGUAAAAGAGCCUUAGAAGACUCAGUCCGCAUUUCAACGAAGUUUCCAGAGAUGGAAAAGACUUAUUCUUCUAUGAAAUCUCUGAGAUAUGAUGUUAUCGUUGAUGUGGCACCUGAAGUCAAAUGGAUACCUGAAAAUGGAUAUCAGAAUUUGAAGAUUGUUGUUGAGAUUGACAAAGAAAUAGAUGCUCAGACUGCUGCCGAACAGGAAUUAAGACGUCGACACAAGGCCCUUGGUGCACUAAAAAUUGUAACUGAAAGAGGACUUGAGGUAGGUGAUGUUGCUGUUCUUGAUAUAUCAGCAACAACAAUCGAGCAAGACGAAUCAGCUGCUAAAAGAAUACCAUCUGCUGAUAGUAAAGGGUUUCAGUUUGAUACAGAAGAUGGAGAUAAAAUACUACCUGAUUUCGUGGACUCAGUUAUUGGAAUAAAACGUGGUGAAACAAAGUAUUUUCCUUAUGUAUUUCCCCAAUCGUGGAAACAAGAAGAUCUUCGCGGUGUUAGUGCUCAAUUUACAGUUGAAUGUAAAGAACUAUUCUACAGAGAUUUACCUGAACUAGAUGACUCCCUCGCUGAUAGGAUUCUCUCUGGAUGCACCACCAUUGAAGAGGUGAGGGAAACGCUGCUGCAGAAAUUUCUUGAAGUGGAGCAAACAGCUAAGGAACAAGCAACGGACAAUGCCAUUCUAGAUCAAUUACAGAAAAUGAUCGAAGUUGAUAUUCCUCAAUCAUUGUUUGAGGAACAAGCCAGGCAGAUUUAUGGAGCCCAACUCUUGCAAAUUCAGGCAAAUAUGAAACUCAGUGAACAACAAAUGGCGUCUCUAUCAAGUCCGAAGGCAGUGAAGGAGUUCAUGGAAAGCCAAAAAGAAAAUAUAACAAGUAUUAUAAAGCAGAAUAUAGCUGUUGGUGACAUAUUUAAACGUGAAAAUUUGCAGAUUUUAUCAGAUGAGUUGAUCAAGGAGGUUGAGAACUCGAUUGCUGAAUUCAAACGUCAUAACCAAGAAUAUGACGAGGAGCGUGUACGAGGACAGGUACAAGAGGUACUCGAGGGAGCAAAAGUGCUUGAAUGGCUGAGAGAGCGUGCAGAUAUACAAUAUAAAAUGAAGUGAGGAAUGGAGAUCAGAGUUCAGUAUGCUUUUACUUUUAUCAGUGAAGAAGACAUGGGCGUCUUUGUUGAGAAAGAAAUUGUGGGCACGAGCACAAUCAGAGCAAAUGGUGUAAGAUCAUCUUCUAGUGAGAGCAGAAUGUGAAGAGGCUCUUUGGUUCUGUAAAGGACGAAGAAUAGAUCGAACAUAAGAUCCAAGCGCUUCAACAUUCCGAUAGAAGGCAAGAGUGCUAAAGCUUUCAGUCAAUUUAGCUUCAGUUUUGGCAAGAUAACUAAUUGUCGACAUCUUCUUGAUAGAACGAUUCUACUGAUAGUAGUACCUUCUUCAGAAUAAGAGUUCGAGUUAAACAAAAUUGAUGAUAGUAUAAUCAGCUCAUCUUCAGAUUUUCAUUUGAUUAUCUGCUAUCUACACAGCCUUUGAUACAUCGAAAUCGACCUACUACUUUUUUCCC